GCCAGCCGGGCCAUUCUUCUUCGCAUGGCCAUAUCUCAUCACUCAUCAGUCCACCAACGUAAUCGCAUCAAGCCCCCUCACGUCUCCCGAAAUUCCAAACUGGGGGGCCCCUCCCCCGCGCCUCGGUGUGACGACUGGCGAGGACCUUGCUAACAACAGCCAGGGCAGCGUCCAGGGGGCACUCUGCAAAGCGCGCGACCGGACGGCCCGGUUCGUUCUCGACCUCUCGUCUCGCUCAUCCGCCCGCCCCCGAGGAAGGAACCCUAGCCUAGCCUUGCUCCGACCGGUCGCCGCGGCGACUGCGACGAUGAUGGACUGCGCUGGAGGCCGAGACCCCGUGGAGGACUUCCUCCUCGGCGGCGCCGGCGCCGGCGACGACGGAGAUCUCGUCGCCGUCUUCUGCGACGACGGAGGACUUGGGAUUGAGGGUAUCCAUGGAGAUGCUUGUGGAUUUGAGCAAUCUAAUUUGGGGAAAAGGGGUAGAGAUGAACCAUGUUCAUCUGGCCCAACAUCCAAAGCUUGCCGUGAAAAAAUGAGGAGGGACAAGCUGAAUGACAGGUUCCUGGAAUUAAGUUCAAUUAUGAAUCCUGGUAAGGAAGCAAAGUUAGAUAAAGCAAAUAUAUUGAGUGAUGCAGCCCGUAUGGUGGCACAACUUAGAGGUGAGGCAGAAAAGCUUAAGGAAUCAAAUGAGAAGUUGCGGGAGAAUAUCAAGGAUCUGAAGGAGGAGAAGAACGAGCUCCGUGAAGAGAAAGUGAGACUAAAGGUAGAAAAGGAUAGGCUGGAGCAGCAAGUCAAAGCUAUGAGUGUAGCUCCUACAGGAUAUGUCCCCCAUCUCCCUCAUCCAGCUUCAUACCAUCCUGCUGCGUUCACUCCAUUUGCGCCGCCACAGCAAGCUCCAGCCAACAAAAGUGCUCCAAUCCCAGCACCGUUCCCUGGGAUGGCGAUGUGGCAGUGGUUGCCUCCGACCAUCGUGGACACAACUCAAGAUCCAAAGCUCUGGCCCCCAAAUGCUUAGGGGCAGCUACCUUGGAAUGUUGACUCAUUGUGCCUUUUCAUGCAUUUGGUGGGCAAAUCAGUGUCAGUUAGGUCCCUGGAGACUGGAGAGGAAUCAAGUUCGCAACUCGCGCCAUGUUUAUGCUGUAACAGCUGGUUUCCAGCACUACUUAUGAACUUACUUUGUUCUACUGAAGGGUGGUGCCUGUAAUUAAUAUAUGGAUCUUAACCCUCUAGUUGGCAUGUAUAUCAUUUGUUCUAUUCGAGAGCUGAAUUUUAAGGACC